AUGCAUUUAAGAAAUUUCUGGCGUGUUCAGUUGUUGGUUCUUGUACAAAUUACUGCAAUUGUACACACACAAGAUCCCUCGGAUAACAGUAUGGAGGCAGUGAUCUCUGAUGCCACAAGGGAAGUUAGUGCAAGAAGAUCUGGCGGACUUUCGCAAGUACAAAAAGCAGCUACAGGUACAAUGGGCUUGGAAGGAAUGAAUUCACCACCUUCCAUGUCGGCAACAGUCACACCAAUAUCAAUGUAUGCCAAAUUUUCUAGUCGAAGAGAAGCUCCUAACUUCAUGGAGGCCAUCGGUUAUGCUGGAGAUAUGGUUACUACUGCAACCAAUAAAUAUGCCGAAAGGAAUGAAGGUGCAUUACCAGAUCGUACAGAAUUCAGUAAACUUAUGACACCUUACUGUCCAGUACGGGCCCCAUCAUGUAACCGAAACGACCGAUACCGAACAGCAGAUGGUUCUUGUAAUAACAUACGAAACCCUUUAUGGGGAGCAUCUUUAACAACACAACAAAGAUUUUUACCUCCUGAUUAUGGCGACACAUACAACCUAGGAUUGUUACCACGUAUUAAAAGUGUGACAGGUCCUCCACUCCCUAGUCCCCGAAUGAUAUCGAACGCCCUGUUCAAUACUGGGACGUCACCACCACGGAGUACAAAAUUUACUAUAGCUUUAACUCAUUUUGGGCAGUUUAUUGACCAUGAUUUCAUCUCAACACCUAUACUGAAAGAUGGGGACGAAGACAUAGUUUGCUGCAAUGGUGAUGAUCCUGUUUUCAGACCCGAAUGCUUUUCUUUCCGUACUCCUCCUGGUGAUUUCACGACUACAUGCAUGGCGUUUGUGAGGUCUGAUAUUGGUGUGGAUUCGGGAUGUUUUCCAGGACCAAGAAACCAAAUAAACCAGAGAACAUCCUUCCUUGAUCUCUCUGUGGCCUAUGGGAAUACACUGGAUGGACAGAAAGAUCUACGGGAAAAUGGAACAGGGCGACUUUUAGAGGGAAAAAACAGAAUUUUGCCAAAUGGUCCUCCAGGCUCGGAAUGUUUACCUACAGAAGUAUGCUUCAAAUCUGGAGAUAACAGACCAGCAGAAGUCCCUAUGUUAACUGUCAAUCAUAUCAUAUUCCUACGCGAACAUAACAAUAUUGUUGAAAAAUUAAGAUUGUUAGGAUGGACUGACGGAGAACUACUGUAUCAAGAGGCAAAAAAAAUCCUUACAGGAAUAUAUCAACAUAUUAUAUAUACUGAGUUUUUGCCAGUUAUUCUAGGAGAUGAAGGAAUGGACAUGUUUGGACUGCGUAGUACCCGAACUGGGUUUAAUACACAGUAUAAUCCCUCUGCCAAUCCCGCUACUGGGAAUGCAUUAGCAGCAGCCGCUUACCGAUUCGGACAUUCACUUGUAGGAUCUUUUGUUGAAUCAUUCAAUGAAGAUUUUACUCCACUUGACAAGAACCCAAUGGAAGAUCAUUUCUUCAGUACACGUUCAAUUAGGAAUGUUGAUGAAAAGUUUGGUCCAGAUGCAAUUUCUAGAUGGAUGACAACACAGUUCAAGAGUAAGUCAGAUCGGUUUCUAACACCGUCUGUGAGAAAUAGUCUUUUCCAAACAAUGCCGAAAAACGGUUUUGAUCUUUCUGCACUGAACAUACAGCGUGGGAGAGACCAUGGCAUACCAGCAUACAAUAAGUGGCGAGAGUUUUGUGGACUGCAUCCCUCUAAACAUUUUGGAAUAAAUUAUAAAGGAAUGACUGAUCAUGACACUUCUGCAGCAAACGCGUUAAAAUCAGUUUAUAGGAAUCCUGAUGAUAUAGAUUUGUUUGCUGGAGGUCUAUCAGAGACAAAAUCACCAGGAGCGCUAGUAGGACCGACAUUCAGAUGUUUAAUUGGACAUCAGUUUAAGUUGUUUAAAACCGGCGAUAGAUUUUUUUACGAAAAUGAUUUCUUUCCGACAGGAUUUACUACAGACCAGUUACAACAGAUAAAGAAACAGACGUUGUCGGCACUGUACUGUAGAACUAUGGCCGUUAAUUCAAUGCCUAAAAGUGCAUUUGAUUCUCCAUUAGCAGGGGAAAAACGUGUACCAUGUGAAAUAUUUCCUGAAUUAAACCUUACACCUUGGGAUAAAAGAAACAAAUAUUACAAAUAA